AUGUUACGCCACCUGCCUUCAGUGCUCCAGAGGAAGUUCAAAGUUGUUCUUUUCUUUCUUCUCCUUUUGGCUGUCCUGAUACACAUGGUCUUGGAUUUAGCGUUUUCUUCUAGCCAUGGUUCCUGCGGCUGUAGCCCAAAACUAACGGAUCCCACGGGCCUCCUGCCAACGAAUCCCAUUUUAGAAGUCCAGAAUAAGCUGAACUUGAGGAUUCUACAAGAUUUUAGUGGUAGUAAUGGCUCCCUAGAAAAACGCUCUCAUUUGCUGGGAGGUACGUCAUAUCCAGGUGUCAGGAACAAUAUGGAUCUCCAAGGUCACGGAUUCAAGCAUCAAGAAGCCAAAGAAAAACCAGUGUGGGCGGACAGGUCCAAACUUGCUGCUCUCUUUGAUCAUCCGCUCUAUAAGAUUCCAACUCCAGAGGUCACAGUGAAAGACAAGCUGUUUGUUACCAAGCACAAGAUUAGAUUCUCACUGGAAAGCAGUGGGAGUGAUAAGUGGAUCAGUGGCAGUACGGGAGACACAAUCCGUCUAGCAGAACAAAUGUCACGGGAUACCUACCCUCCCUGGCUCCAGUUUUACACUGGCAUCAAUCGCUAUGAACUGUAUGGCCGCCACGACCCCACCCUUCAUGCCUUGCUAGAGGAUUUGGCCAUGCAGAAAAUUGUCCGUUCAGUCCAGAAGCCUGGGGGGACCCAACUGAAGAUAAUUAUGACCUUUCCCAACAAUGGCAGAGCCCUCUUCAAACCCAUGAAGCAGACCCGAGACCAGGAGACUCCAGCAGAUUUUUUCUACUUCUCAGACUUUGAACGACACAAUUCGGAAAUAGCAGCCUUUCACCUGGACAGGGUCCUGGAUUUCCGACGAAUCCCUCCAGUUGCUGGCCGUUUGGUGAAUAUAACCAAGGAAAUCCGUGACAUCACAACUGACCGGAAACUGUUUAAAACUUUCUUCAUCUCCCCAGCUGGCAACUUGUGCUUCUAUGGCGAAUGCUCCUACUAUUGCUCCACUGAACAUGCUUUGUGUGGCAAACCUGACCUGCUCGAGGGCUCCUUGGCGGCUUUCCUGCCUGAAGAGAAACUGGCUAAACGGCGUUCAUGGAGAAGUCCCUGGAGGCGUUCUUACUCUAAAGUCAAGAAAGCUGAGUGGGAGCUGGACAGAAAUUACUGUACUCAGGUACGACGGACACCACCAUACGACCAGACUUCCCGUCUUCUCAACCUAAUUGACAUGACUGUACUUGAUUUCCUCAUGGGGAACAUGGAUCGCCACCACUACGAGACCUUUGAAAAGUUUGGUAAUAAUACCUUUCUGCUACAUCUGGACAAUGGCCGAGGGUUUGGAAGACACUCCCAUGAUGAAAUGUCCAUUCUGGCUCCUCUCCAGCAGUGCUGCAUUAUAAAAAAGUCAACAUUCUCACGGCUACAGCUGCUCGCCACAGAGCCAUACCUCCUGAGCGAUGUCAUGCGUGAGUCGCUAGCUGCUGAUCGCUUGUCACCAGUCUUGUUUGAGCCCCACCUGAAAGCACUGGACCGCCGGCUCCAAAAGGUAUUGGUCAUGGUGAAGAGCUGUAUGAAGAAAGGGCAGGGCAAAGGAGUGCUGUUAGAUGACCAAGGAGGACAACAGGAUGUGACCUCAGAGCAACAAGAAGAGAGGAGCAGCAGAGAAUGA